CUACCAUAAAGAUGGUUCAUGCUUACUUGUUUACAUGGGGUAUAUUGAAUGACUUUAGUAAAUUACAACGUCUCUCGCCUCCACGUGGAGUCCUGGCAAUCGGGACGAGUGUUAAAAAUAAGCUUACUCCCAGGAUAAUCGUGCCGUCUUAAAUUUUCAAGAGAUUCCUACGAUAUUUCGAGGUUUAGUUAAGACAUGGUAUCGGCUAGGGCUGCCACAUCGACUAAUCCUUUCGCCGUUUUGCGGGGAAUCUACUAUGAUUAAUGGAUAGAUGUACGAGUUCUCCCGUCAAGGCUGCGCUAUCUACUGAAGUUUUCAGCCAAGUUCAUGUUGUGUUCAUUGAGGCAUUCCUCUCUCCUCGACCCAAUCAAAAAAACUUGUAUUUACAAGUAACCGUCGUCAAUGAAGGGGCUUACGCGAACAUUUCAUCAAUCGUGCAAAAUGGGGCUUUUCGACCACUAUAAAACCUAGACUCUGUAAACUAUAAUGGAAUAGCAUCAUUAUUCCGCCCUUCUCUAACAAAUCUUGUCCUUAUUUUGUCCUGAAAUUAUAAAUUUUCGAAACUCAUUUCAACAAGGAUACUCCAACAUUCAACAACGGAGUUUCCUCGAUAAACUUCUGCAAUAUGCUUGAAUUGAUUUUAUUCAUAGGUGCUCUAGCGUCUACUCUAGCUUUUGCUUCGGCAAGUUUAAUUAGGAUCUGCAGCACGCGUGCUAAAGUCCCGAUACCAGUGAUAGUUCCGAUCCAAACCAAAGUGAAGGAAAAGAUCGACGAGAACGAGAAUGUCUCAAAAUAUCAAGCUUUGAGAAAUCUACGAGAUCAACAUGAAGUGGCCGCCGCUAUGUCAAGACUAGUUGAUGAGGACGGCGCAGGAGCUUGGCCACCAAAUGCAAAUCAUGAUUCUUGGCCCAUGGCUCUUCGUCCAUACAAAGAAAUUUACUUCCAGCUCAUUCCACUUCUGUCCGCGGCUCCGCCUUCGCUAGAUGAUGAUGUCAAUAAUGAAAGACGCGAAAAAUAUCGAUCUAUGAUGCGGAAGUCUUUGAUGGAGCGGAUCAAUGUUCCCCAAGUUGUGGCCAUCAUGGCUGCAGUUGAAGCUGGCAAUUGGGAUCUCUUUCCCAGAGACGCAUAUAAUGGGUUUUAUUGCUGUAUUGCUGUUUGUCGUCAUGCAUACAGGUGGGCAACUAUUCCUGUGGUAAAAGUAGCACAAUUAGAGAAAACCGUCGAGUUCCCAUCUGAACUAGACGCGCCGUGGCCAUAUCUUCAGCGAAACUUCGGGGUGGACGCUGAUGCAGGAAACAAUACAUCAAACGUCUUGCUCAACUUUAAUACGAGAGGAGAAAGGAUUUAUAGAAUUAAUGUCGGAAUGUCCAAUUUGAUCCGAUCAUCCGAGGAAGUUUUCUUCCAAAUGUUCUAUGACCUUGAAGUUGUUGCUUUCCCUAUCUACCACGAAAUGGUCCUCUCAGUCUUAUCCUUCAACUCUUCUACCCCCAGCACUUGCCUCCCCCACCUCCGCAACAUCAACACACGUAUCCGCGACCUCUUCCUCGUCUUCUACGAAAAUCUCACUAAAUCCCGCGUCUCCCAUUCUGUCUGGCUGUCCUAUGUCCAAGGAUUUCAAGGAUGGGGCGUUGGAAAGAUCGUCAAUGGAGAAUAUGUGAAAUACGAUGGACUUUCUGGAAACCAUGUCUUGUUCUUCCAAGCUCUAGAUGCGUUUUUGGGAAUGGAGAGAUAUUUGUCAGAUGAGAAUAUGGAGAAAUAUAUACCGGCGAGACAGCGAGAAUUGUGUUUGGUGCUUAAGAAGUAUAGUUUUGUGAGGGGGGCAAAGGAGAAUGGAGUUAGGCAAAUCGAAGAGGAGUUCGCGAAGAUGGUUAAUCAGUUGAAGUUAUUUCGAGCAGCUCAUCGCGCACGCGUAAUGUCGUAUCUCCAAGAGCCGGCUCCCGAACGUCUGGUAAUGACAGCUGGUAAAUCCGUUCUUGAGAAUUCGAAUACUAAGAGUCUGGAUGAUGCACUGAAGCCUUUGGAUGAUAUGCUAGCAGAUAGGUUGAAAGAAACAGCAAAUGUUGGAUCUAUCAGUGCUGGCGCUUGAUACCAGCAUGCCGCUUGGCGAUCGAGGCAUGAUAGAAACAUAUUUUGGGUAGAAAAAUGAUAGAAUUGAGAAUUGAUUCGGGGUAAAAG